AUGACGAGAUCCAACAAAGGAAAUCUUCAUGUGGUAGAGGAAUUAUACAAUCAAAUACCAGAAUUUACGGAUGUAUUCUCAGAGGACACAUUCUAUAUCUUUGUUAUAUGUUUUGUUCUAUCUACCAUACUAGUUGCUUUUAUUUUAUCUAGAUUUAUAACUAUCAAGCCUGUAGAAUAAUUUACCAUUUAAUGUCAUUGUUAUAAUAAAAACAUAUGUAAUACAAGUUCUUUUGAUUACCAAUAUUAUAGCUUUUUUAAAUAGAUGAAUAUCUAAUGGUGCAAUUGGCUGCCUUAACAUUAUAUGACGAUGGAAGAUGAUAGAAAGAGGAUGAAAUCAGGUUGAUUAGUAUUUCAUAUUAAAUUAACUAGGAUGGUAUCCAGUGAGCAACCCGGGAUGUAGGUGGCAACACAUGCCCAUGCCACGGGCGGGCAAUUGUAAUUUGGCAGAUCAAUACACAUUUUUGACGCCCCUUUGAGAACUUGACCUCUGAAAGACGGAAGUUAAGUAAA